UUAAAGGUUAACGGGAAACCGCUGGCUCUUUGUGCCUAUAGCGAUCAUGUAUUAUUGAUAAAGUGACUGUUUCUGUAGAGUUUUGCGUCAGUGCGGAAAAGCGCAAAUGAUUUGAAGCCGCGUCCGUGGGUAUGUGAUCUUCAGUUGGUUUUAUAUUCGCGGUAUCCUCAAAUCAGUGUUAAAAAAAGUGUCUCCCCAUGACUUUAAGUAGAAAAUGCAAGUAUAUCAUUGGCAAGACUUCCAGAUUCGAUGAAUCGGUACCACCAUGAUGUAUGGGCAAGUUCUCCACCAUCAAUGCAGGGAGGAAGAUCUUGUUAAUCUCAACGUUGGAGGCACCCAGCACAAGGUGGAGCGCUGUGUUCUGCUCCGGUUCCCCAACACGCGUGUGGGUCAGUUAAUCCAGUGUUGCAGCGAUGCCGCAAUCCUGGAACUCUGUGAUGACUACAGCCCCGCUGAGCAGGAAUACUACUUCGACAGGAGCCCGCAAGUCUUCCACUGCGUUCUGAACUUCUACCGUACAGGACACUUUCAUGCUGUGGAGGAGCUCUGUGUGUUUUGCUUCAGUCAGGAGAUCGAAUACUGGGGCAUCAGUGAGCUGGAUAUGGAAGCCUGCUGUCUCGAAUGGUUCCUUGAGCGCAAAGAUGAGCGGGAGCAGAAUGUGUCUGGCCGGUCUAGUAAUGCAGCGUCGUCUGGAGAGAUCUCGGUUGUGGGCAGUGACCUGUGGAGGUUUGAGGGCACGUGGUGUUCAGAUGUGCGCAAGUUCAUGUGGCAAACUCUUGAAGAUCCCAAUCACUCCAAGUGUUCCAAAGGUGUAGCUGCGGUUUCCGUCCUGGUCAUUUUGACCUCCAUUGUGGCCAUGUGUAUCCACAGUAUGCCCGAAUUCAGGUAUGCAACCGACAGUGAACAUUCUGUCCUGGACUCUCUGGAGCUCAUUUGUAUUAUUUUCUUCUCAGUGGAGUUUGUCCUGCGAGUCAUAGCAGCUCCUCAGCCAUUGAGUUUUUUGGGAAACCCUCUGAACAUGAUUGACAUGGCUUCUAUCUUGCCUUUCUAUGUGACACUGGCCUUUGAAAGUUUGGAUGAAGAGGAUGGGGAGGAAAACCAACAUCUGGUCAACAUGGGGAAGGUGGUUCAGGUUCUCCGAUUAAUGAGGGCCUUCAGGGUGCUAAAGCUUGCUCGACAUUCAGAAGGUGUGAGAGCUUUUGGAGAAACUCUAAAGAGCUGCCAAUGUGAGGUGGGUCUGCUCGUUCUUUUCAUUACUGUUGGAAUAUCGUUCUUCUCGACGUUUAUCUACUACACUGAAAAGGAAGACGCUUCGUCCAAACUCUCUUCUAUUCCUGUUUGUUGGUGGUGGGCCAUUAUUUCAAUGACUACGGUGGGCUAUGGGGAUGUAUAUCCACAGACAGCAGCUGGGAGAAUUGUAGCUACACUUUGCAUUCUCUGUGGGUUGCUUGUGGUUUCUUUACCCAUCACCAUCAUCAUGAAUAACUUUUCGAAGUACUUUGAUAAAAAUACACCUAAGAGGCGCCUUUCAGAAGCUAAAACAUAGGAAAAUGUCAACGGUUUCCCUGUGGUUUGAAAUGUUGGUUUGCUUUUGCAAUCUAAACUUCAGGAACAUUUUUGUGCUUGUUUCAAAAAAAGACAAUCUUGACAUUAAUCAAAAAUAAAGCCAU